AUGUCACAGCUCCUGCAUCUGGAAUAUGGAGGCUCCACCCUCCGCUCCCCCUCCCCACGCAGAGGGUUGGACAGAGGAGCAGCUCGGGAGGGACCCCCCAGCCUGGCACUGCCCAGCCUGGCCACUGCUGUGCCCCCAAGCACCCCCUUACCCGGACGUGUCCCCAAAGAUUUAAUCGAGUUGAUGAUGAUUCAAAACUCCCAAAUGCACCAGGUGCUGAUGAACAGCCUGGCUGUGUCGGCACUGACGUCCUUCGGCUUUGGCCCAUCCCCAGCCACUGCCCAGGCGCUGGCGAUGCCUUUGCAGAGCGAGGAGGAGGAGGAGGCUGUGGUUUUCCACCAUCACUACAUCCCCUACCCGGGUCCUGUUCCCGUCCUGCCGUGGCUGGACCCGGGGCGGGAUCGGGGUCCGGGGGCUGUGCGGUUCCUGGGCUCGUUGGCUGAGGAUGAGGUCAGUGCGGUGCCCCCUCCUCCACCCCCCAGUGCCACGGGGACAGUGGGACCCAACGUCCCACCAGCAUCAGAGUACUACAGCGUGCUGGAGGAGAGGCUGUGAGCUCCAGGAGAGGCUGUGAGCUCCAAGAGAGGCUCCUUCCCAACGUGGUUCCUCUGGCACAUCCCAGCCUGUGGUCCCAGAAGAUCCUGGGUGGGUGCUUCAGGAUACCCAUCAGUUCGGGGUGGUUUCCUCCCCCUGAGCCACCUCGAGGCAGGGGGUGUCACAAAGCCUGUCACCCAACCCCAGGUGACAUCCUGAUCCCAAUCUCUGCAUCCAUGAGGACUGCACGGGCUGUGCUGUGUCCUGGUGGGUGGGGAGAGGGGAGAUGUUCCCAGCCCAGAUGGUCCCAGUCUUCAUUAGUCCCUUCAGAUCUCAAUGCAGCACAUUGCCUGUAAUUAAUUUGCUUUGUUAAGAAAGCCCCUGCUGU